CCUUGCUGUGUUCCAGUGGAGGGGAUAUGAAGAAGGGGUUAUUGGGACCACCUCUGAUCCCCCCCAUAGGCAAGGCAGUAAGUCCCUCUCUUGGCAGUGCUGUGGGCUCUCUGCAAAGCUCUCUGCAGCUGGAAUUCCAGGAGUCCCAGGAGAUGAGGUCAGGAUGCAGCAGCAGAAGCAAGGAGGAGAACUCUGAACAUGCAGGCAUGACUAGGUUCAUUUUCUCCACGUCUUUCCGGCCAUGUCCCUCUUCGCUCCUUCCCUCAAAGCCAUUGCCUCCCAUCAGAAUCAGCUCUCCUUCUUCUAACAAUAAUAAAAUGUACAGCAUGGAGAAAGAGAACAAGGACAUUGGCACUGGCUAUGAUAAUGACAGUAGAAAACACCAGGAGCAGAGUUCAGAAGAAAAAUGUUAUAAGGCUUCCUUGCUGUAUUCCAGUGGAGGGGAUAUGAAGAAGGGGUUAUUGGGACCACCUCUGAUCCCCCCCAUAGGCAAGGCAGUAAGUCCCUCUCUUGGCAGUGCUGUGGGCUCUCUGCAAAGCUCUCCGCAGCUGGAAUUCCAGGAGUCCCAGGAGAUGAGGCCAAGAUCCAGCAGCAGAAGCAAGGAGGAGAACUCUGAACAUGCAGAAAUAGAGAAACCUCCUAUGACAGAAUGUACUUAUAAAUUUUCCUGUCAGGGAGAAGGAGCCUUCCAAAUGGAUGCAUCCUAUGCAGGGUCUGAGUUUGUCAUCCUGUGA